AUGCCUGCUGUCGGUGACCAGCACCGUGUAGGACCGGGUACUGUGAUAUCAACCAUGGCUGGUACCGUCUCUGCGAAUCCUUUCGAGGAACCACCCCGUCGAAUUAGCGAAUAUACUGCUCAGGAAAUUGCCACUCUUCAAUCUCGCCUUGAUAAGCAGCUGGGACCAGAGUACAUCUCCUCAAGAGCCGGCCCCUCUGGGCAGAAGGUGCACUACCUAGCGGCAGAGAAAUGUAUAAACCUUGCGAACGAGGUCUUUGGAUUCAAUGGCUGGUCCAGUUCGAUCCAAAGUAUACAGAUCGACUUUGUUGAUGAGAGUCCAAGCACGGGUAAGAUAAGUCUGGGGUUAUCCGUGAUUGUGAGAGUCACAUUGAAGGAUGGCACAUAUCAUGAGGAUAUCGGCUAUGGCCAUAUUGAGAAUUGCAAAGGCAAAGCGGCAGCUUUUGAGAAAGCAAAGAAGGAGGGAACAACAGAUGCUCUUAAACGAGCUCUGAGGACAUUUGGCAAUGUUCUGGGCAACUGCAUCUACGACAAAGAGUAUCUUGCCAGAGUCACUAGAGUCAAAGUGGCUCCUACCAAGUGGGAUGUGGAUAACCUUCAUCGUCACCCUGAUUACGCCCCGGUCAAAAAGGAGCCUGUCGAAGACAAGAAGGUCUCUGAAGAUAAUGAUCUUCCUCCCCGUCCAACUGAAGCUUCCACGAACAACGCGAAUCCUUCUUCUCCCGCAUUCGACGGAGACGGCGAAUUUGGCAGUGAUCUUUUCGACGAGGCAGACUUCGCGGUGUGCAACCCUGAUGAGGUGGUUUUAGACCCAGAACCUCCACAACAGCAGCAGCAGCAGCAGCAACAGCAGUCGCAUCCACAAGCUCAGGUGCCCCAGCAAGGGCCUCAAGGGAACAACUCACGACCCGCUCGACCUCCUCCUGAGAUGGUUACUCCCUCAAAACCAGAAAGGUCUUGGAAUGCCGGCCCUACUCCUGCUGCACGACAGCCAGCACAGACGCCGCAGAACAAGACAGCUUCAGGAGCUCAACAUAAUAUGUCUAUGAACCGUCCUCAGGGCAUGAUGCAAAGGCAGCCGACCCCUGGUCCGCGACCACAGCAACCAGAGCGCAACUCAGCGGCUGCCCCUCAGGCUUAUUCAAGAUCUAGCCAAGAAAUGUCAUCAAAUGCUCAAGGCGGUUCAGGAAUCAAAUCAGAGGCGUCUGCUAGCUCCGCGGACUCUAAGCCUCAGCAAGCCAAUAAUAAUAAUCAGGGACAAUCUUCGGGAAGCGAUUCGGAGAACAGGGUCCAGCCGGAUCCAGCAGCUGGCUUUUUCUCUGCAAAAGCAGUUGACAUACUACGAGAAAACCCUCAGGCACCUCCAUCAAUGGCACCGAAGUUUAACCCGCAUGCCGAGAGUCCUUCAAUCCGCAAAACAGCAGGUAUCGACCAUAGCAAGAGCCUUCCUAUUUCUAAACCGAUGCUUGCAGGAGUUUCUCCUUCCCAAAAUAGUACACGGGAUUUUAUAAAUCCUUCUGCAGAUAUGCAUCGCAGAAUAGGCGCUCCUGGCGGUAGUGGAAUCGCCAGCCCAGUGGGCAGGCCGCAGAGCACAUCCUCUUAUCGCCCAUUAACCCGACCGAACAUUGACCCAAGAAAUGCUGGAAGCAAUACUGGGUUUAAUCGAGAAAACCCUGCACAGCAGAAUGCAAGCCUGAAGAGACCGCCGCUCAACGACGUGACAAAUUCUUCCCUCUCAUCGGGCACGUCUGGGCCCGGUGAUCCCAAAAGACCCAAAGUCAACGCCGAAGAACAGACUGCGCCACAGCAACAAAAGUGUUGA